AUGGGCUGCGGCGCGAGUACGCAGUCGAAGAACGGAACGCAAAAGAGUGCACCGCUCUCUCCAGAGGAGCGUGUCAAGGACAAGAAGGCGGCAAAGGAUGAGAACAAGGCCUAUGCCGCAACGCUGCAAUUCCUGGAGCACGUACCUCUGAUCAAGCGACUACCCAAGGACCAGCACCCCUUGGUCGCUUCUGUCUGCGUGCAGACGGAUUUCAAGAAGGGGGACACCAUCAUCAAGCAGGGCGACUCCGGUGACGAGUUCUACGUCAUCCGGCACGGAGAAGCCUCCGUGCACGUUGGCGACAAGGGCGGUGCGCGGGUAGCUGGCCUCAAGGCUGGGGACUACUUCGGGGAGAAAGCUUUGCUUCGCGACGAACCCCGCACCGCCACGAUCGUUGCGGAUACGAUGCUCUCUACCCUGAAGAUCACGCGAAAGGCAUUCCAGGAUUUGGGUCUUCAUGAGAAGCUGCAGUUCGCCAAUCGACGUGCGGUUGGCGGCGGUGGCAACGUGCAGCAGCAGAAGGCCAAGCAGCCGACGCCGAAGACGGAAGAAGAUGUCGCUCUGAUCUCCGAAGCCCUCAAGAGCAAUGAGAAUCUCGCUACGAUGACGACCCUCGACGAGUCUCGUCUCCGGGCCUUCAUUGACGUGAUGUGGAGGGAAGAGAUCAAGGAAGGCCAGAUGGUCAUCGAGGAGAGCGACCUCAACGCAGACUACUUCUACGUGGUCGAGUCCGGUCGCUUCGAGAUUUUCGUCCGGGAGGGUGAAGAGGAGGGUGGUGGAACGAGCGCUGAAAAUGCCCUGCUGCACGUGGAGACGAAGGUCUUGAAUGUCGUGUCACAGGGAGGGAGCUUUGGCGAGCUUGCUCUGCUGUACUUCGUCCCACGUGCAGCGACCGUCAAGGCGCUCACGGAUGCCACGGUGUGGGUCAUCGAUCGCGGCAACUUCAAGGACAUCUUGAUGAAAGUGUCGGACAACAAGAUCAAAGAGUACGUGAGAUACCUGAAUGAUGUGAGCAUUCUGGAUACCCUUCUGGAGACUGAGAAGAAGGCUCUCGCCAAGGCUUUGGUUGAGAUGCACUUCACGCAAGGUGAGGAUGUCGUUACCCAGGAUGAGCCUGGCAACACAUUCUACAUCAUGUACGAGGGCACAGUAGACAUCGUGAAAGAUGGGGCCGUCCUGAAUACCCUGGAGGCGAGCGUGAGCCGUGGCACCGCCCAGUUCUUCGGCGAGAAGGCACUCCUCGAAAACGAGAAGCGUGGUGCCACUGUGACGGUGAAGUCCCGGACGGCAAAGUGCCUGGUCCUUGAUCGAGAUUCAUUCGACAUGCUACUGGGCCCACUCAGCGAGAUCAUCCAGGGACAGCGAAACAAGAAAGCAGCGCCUGGGGCUCGCGGGGAUGACAUCGCGCGCGGCAGGAUAAAGCGGCACGACCUGCAGCGCAUUGGUUUGCUCGGCUGUGGUGGCUUCGGUACCGUCGAGCUCUGGGAGCACAAGGCAACCUCGGAGACCUACGCCCUAAAAGGCCUCAGCAAGGGCUACAUCGUCAAGACCGGCAUGCAAGACAGCGUCAUGAACGAGAAAAACAUCCUGAUGAUGACGAACUCGUCCUUCAUUACCAAGCUUUGGGAGACCUACAACGGAACCCAGACGUUGUACUUCCUCCUGGAGCCUUGCCUGGGCGGCGAGCUCUAUGCCACCUACAACAGGAGAGGUUUCCACGGCAGCGAGAAGCAUGCGAAGUACUACACGUCGGGCGUAGUCUUUGCCUUCGAGCACCUCCAUGAGCGUCGCAUCAUCUACCGGGACCUGAAGCCCGAGAACUUGCUACUCACCGAGUCGGGACACAUCAAGCUCACCGACAUGGGUCUGGCAAAGUUUGUGAUCGGCAAGACCUUCACGAGCUGCGGGACUCCGGACUACUUCGCACCAGAGUUGAUCGCCUCCACCGGCCAUACGAACGCAGUGGAUUGGUGGACACUCGGCGUCCUCAUCUUCGAGCUCAUGGCUGGACAUCCUCCUUUCGAGAGUGCCUACCCGAUGCAGAUCUAUGCGAAAGUGACGAAAGGCAUUCAAAAGGUGCCCUUCCCACCGCAGAUUAACGCCUCUUGCAAGUCGCUGAUCGAGGGCUUGCUGCAGCAAGAUCCGUCCCAGCGGCUUCCCAUGAGGCCCGGUGGUGUCAAGAACCUCAUGAACCACAAGUGGUUCGCUGAGCACGACUGGGAAAGCAUGAGGAAUCUGGCUCUGAGCCCACCGUACAAGCCUGUGGUCAAGAACAAGCGAGACCUCGCAAACUUUUCUGCUCGGAAAGAGGAUGCUCCGAGGCAGCUCGAAUACAUCGACCCGGGCACCGGCUGGGACAAGCACUUUGCCACGUCCACAUGA